AUGUCGUGUACCUUUGCUCAAAUGCCUCAAGAUCCUUUGUCAGCGGAUGAGGCUGGACAACGAACUGGUGUGCUUGGUAUUAACUCAAAGAUCUGUAAAUUUGGUGAGGAUUGUGCACGAAAAGAUUGUACUUUUACACAUGACAAACCACGAAAAAUAGAUUUAACAACACAUUCAUCCGAUAUUGAUGAUGUACCCGCUAACAACUGA